CCGCGUUUUCGGCUACAACAACUCUUCAAACCAAGGAUUAUUGGAUUGCCCUGGUUGGAUUUAAUUGCCAGCACCGAACCUCGGCACAAGCAUAAUGACUCUGAACAAGGGUGACAAAUUGCGGAACAUGGACAAGAGAAGAGGAAGCAUGCCGUUCCCCAUGAAUCUACCAAACCUUCACCGGAGAAGCAUGCCCGUGGACGACCGGGACCUGCGCGCCACGAUGCCACAGACGGGGCAAACCGACGAGCUGUCCAACCUCCUUCGCUGCACGUCCUACUCCCCGAACGAGCAGCACCGAGGCAGCUGCGCGUCGGACUCCUCCGACUCUGUGAUCUCCACCGGCAGCGAGGCGGAGUCGCAGGUGUACAAGGUGGUUCUCCUCGGGGAGCACGGCGUCGGCAAGUCCAGCCUGGCGCGCGUCUUUGGAGGAGUUGAGGAUGCCGGUCACGACUGCGAUGAAGCAGGAAACACAUAUGACAGAGCUAUCGUGGUGGAUGAAGAGGAGGCAUCCAUUGUCUUGUACGACAUCUGGGAACAGGAUAACAGCCAGUGGCUGAAGGAACAGUGCAUGAGGAUGGGAGACGCCUACAUCAUUGUGUAUUCAGUGACAGACAAGUCAAGCUUUGAGAAGGCGUCAGAGCUGCGUAUUCAGCUGCGUCGGGCCAGGCAGUCAGAGAACAUUCCCAUCAUCCUUGUGGGCAACAAGAGUGACCUGGUGCGAUCCAGAGAAGUGUCUGUAGACGAGGGAAGUGCCUGUGCAGUGGUGUUCGACUGCAAGUUCAUUGAGACAUCUGCAUCCCUUCACCACAACGUGCAGGACCUGUUCGAGGGCAUCGUCAGGCAGAUCCGCUUGAGGAAAGACAGCAAGGAGGAGAACGCACGACGCAUGGCCAACUGCAGGCGUAGGGAGAGCAUCGGCAAGAAGGCCAAGCGGUUUCUGGGCCGCAUGGUCGCACGCAAGAACAAGAAGAUGGCUUUUAGGCAGAAGUCAAAGUCCUGCCAUGACCUGACAGUUCUCUGAGGACCAGAUGGGACAGAUGGACAGUUUUUCUUUGGCCUCUGAAGACCAGACGCUGUGUGUGUUUUAACACUAACACUAAAGGACUAAUAGAGCUGUACAGAUAUAUAUUUUUAUUUUUUAGACACCAACCAAGCAAAGAAAGGACUUCAUUAAUAAAACUGAUAUCAUUAUCACGAUAAUGGUGAUAACCUGCAUGAAGCUUUGCAAACAUUUAUUUUAUUUCUUUUUUGUUUCGUUUUGUUUGUUCGCCUUAAAACCUGUUGCUGUCAUAAUAUGAUCAGUAUGUAUGAAAAAUCCACAAAGGCUUGUUGUUUCUAAUAAGUUGCAAAGAUUGCCUUGCUGUUGGGUUAUUGUUGUGCUCCUUGACUGGAGGGGAUUGAUGUAUAUAUUAUAACAUGAAUAAUGCUGAAUGCAACAUACAUCUCAUUAUCCUAAAAGACACGGUACAGAAUCACAAUACUAGGUCAUCUGGAGUCAUAUUUACUUGAAACGCGGUACGCAGGUUCGUGCCUCGGCCAAGUUACUGAGGACUAGUCGAAGAUUAGAGAAAACUUCUGUUAUUCUAUGUUGUUCCAUAACAUUGAAUUCAGGUUGUGAAUGUAAGAGUAAAGCAAUAAGUUAUAUUAGUCUUGUGAACCUUGACAUUAUUUGGAAAUUCUUUGUUUACGUUGAUUUCUUUUUUCAAUAAAAUA